AUGCCCGAAACAAUCCUCGUCACCGGUGCCUCCGGCUUCGUCGCCUCGCACGUCAUCCAACGAUUCCUCGCAGCGGGCUACAAUAUCCGUGGCACCGUCCGCUCCGCGUCGACCGCCGAGACCGUCAAAUCCCGCUAUCCGCCCGAAUACGUGGAUCGUCUCUCCUUCGCCAUCGUGCCGGACAUAGCUGCCCCGGGGGCCUUCGACAAGGCUGUCCAAGAUGUCUCCGGGGUGAUUCACACCGCCAGCCCUUUCUCCCUCACGGUGUCAGACAACGAGACCGACCUCCUCCAACCGGCCAUCCAGGGGACACUGAACGUCUUCGAUGCCGUCGCCGCUCACGGGCCCGCCGUCCGCCGCGUCGUCGUCACCUCCUCCUUUGCCGCAAUCCUCGAUCUCAACCAGGGCCUCCGGCGAGGCUACCGGUACACGGAGGCGGACUGGAACCCGUGCAGCUACGAGGAAGCCAAGCUGACCCCGGACGUCAGUUUCGCCUACUGCGCUUCCAAGGCUCUAGCGGAACGGAAGGUGUGGGAGUGGGUCGACAGCGCCGCCAAGGCCAAGCCGCUCACCUUCGACGUGGCCACCAUCUGCCCGCCCUGGGUGUUCGGUCCCGCCCUGGGCGACCCAAACAAAGGGCACAAUCGGCUGAAUGAGUCCGCCGAGGCAAUCUGGAAUCUGGUAAACGGAUCCCGGGCGGAGGUUCCAGAAAAUGAUUUCAUGGCGUUUGCCAAUGUGCACGAUGUUGCGGAGGCACACUACCAGGCGUAUACUCGGCCCGAAGCGGGCGGCCAGCGGUUUCUUGUCGCUGGGGGCCGGUUCCUGUAUCCGGAGGCGUGUGAGAUUAUACGCAAGCGGUUUCCGGAGCUGAAGGACAAGGUUCCGUAUCAAGAGGGUGUGGCUCCGGUGGAGACGUAUGUAGCGGAUGGGAGUAAGGCGGGUAAGGUGCUAGGGUUGCGCUAUCGCAAUUUGGAGGAUACUUUGGUGGAGACGGUUGAGGAUCUGUUGAAGAGAUUUGGAUAA